GCACGCGCACCCGGCGGCAGCAGCAUCACCCCCCGGCCCGAGGCGGCGUCCCAGCAGGCGUGGAGAGAAAGUGCGUUGUUGUGUGUUGACACGGAUCCUCAUCCUCCUCAUCACCACCACCCUCCUCCUCCUCUUCAUCCUCCUCUUCCUCCUCCUCCGGCCUGCUGAGAAGCGAAGCCGGGAGCUGGAGUUGGCAGCAGAGCACUCACCAUGGCGGUAAACCUGGACAAGGACGCGUACUACCGCCGCAUCAAGAGGUUAUACAGCAACUGGAAGAAAGGAGAUGACGAGUUUGGCAAAGUGGAUGCCAUGGUGGUUUCAGUGGGAGUGGACGAGGAGAUCGUUUACGCCAAGUCCACAGCCAUACAGACCUGGCUGUUUGGCUACGAGCUGACGGACACCAUCAUGGUGUUCUGCGACACCAAGAUCAUCUUCCUCGCCAGCAAGAAGAAAGUGGACUUCCUCAAACAGGUGGCGAUAACGAAAGGCAACGAGAACGCCAACGGGGUCCCGCCCAUCACGCUGCUCACCAGAGAGAAGAAUGAAAGCAACAAGGGAAACUUCGACAAGAUGAUCGAGGCGAUCCGCGGCAGCAAAGAGGGAAAGAAGGUCGGGAUCUUCAGCAAGGACAAGUUCCCCGGAGAGUACAUGAAGAGCUGGAACGACACCAUCACCGCCGAGGGCCUGGAGAAGGUGGACAUCAGCGCUGUGGUCGCGUACACGACGGCGGUGAAGGAAGACGGGGAGCUCAACCUGAUGAAGAAGGCAGCGGCCAUCACCAGCGAGGUUUACUCCAAGUUCUUCAAAGAGCGCGUCAUGGAGAUCGUUGAUGCCGAUGAGAAAGUGCGUCACAGCAAACUGGCCGAGUCGGUAGAGAAGGCCAUCGAGGAGAAGAAGUACCUGGGGGGUGCGGACCCUUCCACAGUGGAGAUGUGUUACCCCCCCAUCAUCCAGAGCGGCGGGAACUACAGCCUCAAGUUCAGCGUCGUCAGCGACAAGAACCACAUUCACUUCGGUGCCAUCACCUGCGCCAUGGGAAUCCGCUACAAGUCGUACUGCUCCAACCUGGUGCGGACCCUCAUGGUGGACCCCCCCCAGGAGAUGCAGGACAACUACAACUUCCUGCUGCAGGUGGAGGAGGAGCUGCUCAAAGAGCUCAAGCACGGUGUGAAGAUCUGCGACGCCUACAACGCCGUGCUGGAGUACGUGAAGAAGGAGAAGUCGGAGCUCGUCUCUAAGCUGACGAAAAACCUCGGAUUUGCGAUGGGAAUCGAGUUCCGAGAAGGCUCUCUGGUGGUGAACGCUAAAAACCAGUACAAACUGAAAAAAGGCAUGGUGCUGAGUAUCAGUUUGGGAUUUGCUGACCUCGUGAAUAAAGAGGGGAAAAAGGAAGAGCAGAAGAAAUAUGCCUUAUUUGUUGGAGACUCAGUCCAGAUCAAUGAGGAAGAGGCCGCCACGAUACUCACGCCCGUCAAGAAGAAGAUCAAAAACGUGGGGAUCUUCUUGAAGAAUGACGACGAGGAGGACGAGGAGGAAGAUGGCGACGAUGCCGAGGAGCUGCUGGGGAAAGGAGCCCGGAGCGCGGCGCUGCUCGCGGACAGGACCAGAAACGAGAUGACGGCGGAGGAGAAGAGGCGGACCCACCAGAAGGAGCUGGCCAAUCAUCUGAACGAAGAAGCCAAGCGGCGCCUGACGGAGCAGAAGGGAGAGCAGCAGAUUCAGAAGGCCAGAAAAUCGAACGUGUCCUAUAAGAACGUGUCUCAGAUGCCCAGAGAAAGAGACAUCAGAGAAAUGAAGAUCUUCAUCGACAAGAAGUACGAGACGGUCGUCAUGCCCGUGUUCGGCAUCGCCACGCCGUUCCACAUCGCCACCAUCAAGAACAUCAGUAUGUCGGUAGAGGGAGACUACACCUACCUGAGGAUCAACUUCUACGUCCCCGGCAGCUCUCUGGGUCGACAGGAGGGAAACAUCUUCCCCAACCCGGACGCCACAUUCGUCAAAGAAAUCACGUACCGGGCGUCCAACCUGAAGGCCCCCGGCGACACGUCGGUGCCCUCCACCAACCUGCAGAACGCCUUCCGCAUCAUCAAGGAGGUGCAGAAACGCUACAAGACGCGAGAGGCGGAGGAGAAGGAGAAGGAGGGCAUCGUGAAGCAGGACACGCUGGUCAUCAACCUCAACCGCAGCAACCCCAAGCUCAAAGACCUCUACAUCCGACCCAACAUCGCCCAGAAGAGGAUGCAGGGCUCGCUCGAGGCUCACACUAACGGUUUCCGAUUCACGUCGGUCCGCGGUGACAAGGUGGACAUCCUCUACAACAACAUGAAGCACGCCAUCUUCCAGCCGUGCGACGGGGAGAUGAUCAUCGUGCUGCACUUCCACCUGAGGAACGCCAUCAUGUUUGGCAAGAGGCGCCACACCGACGUCCAGUUCUACACAGAAGUCGGCGAGAUCACCACCGACUUGGGGAAACACCAGCACAUGCACGACCGGGACGACCUGUACGCCGAGCAGAUGGAGCGCGAGAUGAGGCACAAGCUCAAGUCGGCCUUCAAGAACUUCAUCGAGAAGGUGGAGACGCUGACCAAAGAGCAGCUGGAGUUCGAGGUGCCGUUCAGAGACCUGGGGUUCCAGGGCGCCCCCUACAGGAGCACCUGCCUGCUACAGCCCACUUCCAGCUCCCUUGUCAAUGUUACUGAAUGGCCGCCGUUUGCCGUGACCCUGGACGAAGUGGAGCUGGUCCACUUUGAGCGUGUGCAGUUCCACCUGAAGAACUUUGACGUGGUCAUCGUCUACAAGGACUACAACAAGAAGGUCACCAUGAUCAACGCCGUGCCCGUCAACUCCCUGGACCCCAUCAAGGAGUGGCUCAACUCGUGUGACAUCAAGUACACGGAGGGAGUCCAGUCGCUGAACUGGACCAAGAUCAUGAAGACCAUCGUGGACGACCCCGAGGGUUUCUUCGAGCAGGGGGGCUGGUCCUUCUUAGACCCAGAGAGCGAAGGAAGUGGUAGAGAGGAAGAUUCAGAGUCUGAGAUGGAGGAUGAAACGUUCAACCCGUCUGCAGAUGAAGAAGAGGAAGAGGUGGAGGACAGCGAUGAGGAUUACAGCUCAGAUACGGAGGACUCGGCGGAGUACAGUGAGUCGCUGGGCAGCGAGGAAGAGAGCGGUAAAGACUGGGACGAGCUGGAGGAAGAGGCCAGGAAAGCUGACAAAGAGAGCGUCUACGAGGACGAGGACACGGCCAACAGGAAGAGGAAGAUCCGACCGUCCUCCGGGCCUGCAUCCCGCCCCUCUGCCCGCCCCUCUGCCCGCCCCUCUGCCCGCCCCUCCUCCCGCCCUUCAUCCCGCCCUUCAUCCCGCCCUUCAUCCCGCCCGUCAGCCUCACCCAGCAAGAAGAAGCGACGGACCUAAAUGUCACACAAAUACACACACACACACAGACACACACACACACACUGCCAAACCCUAGCUGACCCUCCCUCCUGCCCCAACUGGCUCUUGUCGCCCGAACACUUCUUACACACACACACUCACACACGAUGUGUAUAAAGACGUAGACGGCUCUUAUUUUGGUGUUGGUCAGUGAAGUGUCAACAGUGAGUCGGUCGCACACUUCACUCAUCAGCUCUUCUCCCUCUUCACUCCUUCCUCCUCCUCCUCCUCUUGUUUUCCACUUCCCUUCUCCAUCCAUCUAUCAGGGUUUCAUGUUUGUGUGUGUGUGUUUAAAUGGGUUUUUAAUUGAAAGCAUUGUUUAUUUUUUUGUUUAAAAAAAAAUAAGUUUCUUAACUAAUGAAUAAAAAGAGAUGUGACCUGAUCCUCUGCCAAGUGUUUUAUAUAAAAACUGAGAUUCCCUCUCCUCCUCCUCCUCUUCAUCAUUUCACCUUCCAGCCAUGUUUUCUUCUGUGUUCGUUCAGUUGUGGUAAUUAAAUGAAACAUUUUUCUGUUUUGUUUUUUUGACGGGGGGGCAGACACACAUUUUCUGAUAAUUCUUAUUUGAACGGGUUUGUAAACGUUUGCAGACAGAAACACAAACUGUCUCCUUCGCUCUUCUCCUCUGUCCCUUUUUCUUUUUCUUCAUUCUGAGUAGAUAUGUUGUACUGUUAAUUCUGAAAAUCCUGUUUUUGUUUUUGUAAUAAAAUGAAAUGGAAUUGUA